UCAAUGAUUCAUGGCGGAUCUCAGGUGAUGAGAAAUAAAAAUUCAGGAGGCACUUCUAAUCUGAAGCUCUAACGAGCUUUUUUCAUCAAAGGGAUGUUUCUCCCACACCCUGGUGGAGGUGUCCUGAAAAAUGGCUGAUGAUAUUGAUAUUGAAGCAAUGCUUGAGGCUCCUUAUAAGAAGGAUGAGAACAAAUUGAGCAGUGCCAAUGGCCAUGAAGAGCGCAGCAAGAAGAGAAAAAAGAGCAAAAGCAGAAGUCGUAGUCAUGACAGGAAAAGAAGCAGAAGUAAGGAACGCAAACGAAGUCGUGAGCGUGAGAGGAAAAAGAGCAAAAGCCGAGAAAGGAAACGCAGCAAAAGCAAAGAACGCAGACGUAGCCGCUCUAGAAGCAGAGAACGCCGUUUCAGAGGCCAUUACAGAAGCCCUUAUUCUGGUCCAAAAUUCAACAGUGCCAUGAGAGGAAAGAUUGGCUUGCCUCACAGCAUCAAAAUAAGCAGACGGCGCUCUAGGAGCAAAAGUCCAUUCAGAAAAGACAAGAGCCCUGUGAGAGAACCUAUUGAUAAUCUUACUCCAGAAGAGAGAGAUGCUCGAACAGUUUUCUGUAUGCAGCUUGCUGCAAGAAUUAGGCCAAGAGACCUGGAAGAAUUUUUCUCUACUGUAGGAAAAGUCCGUGAUGUACGCAUGAUUUCCGAUAGAAACUCCAGGCGCUCCAAGGGAAUUGCUUAUGUAGAAUUUGUUGAUGUUAGUUCAGUGCCUUUGGCAAUUGGAUUAACAGGACAGCGAGUGUUGGGAGUACCAAUAAUAGUACAGGCAUCCCAAGCAGAGAAAAACAGAGCAGCAGCAAUGGCAAAUAAUCUACAAAAAGGUAGUGCUGGGCCCAUGAGACUCUAUGUAGGAUCAUUACACUUCAACAUAACCGAAGAUAUGCUUCGUGGAAUUUUUGAGCCAUUUGGCAGGAUUGAAAGCAUUCAGUUGAUGAUGGAUAGCGAAACAGGACGUUCCAAAGGAUAUGGAUUUAUUACUUUUUCAGAUUCAGAGUGUGCUAAAAAGGCCUUAGAGCAACUAAAUGGUUUUGAGCUAGCUGGUAGGCCAAUGAAAGUUGGUCAUGUAACUGAGCGGACGGAUGCAUCCAGUGCUAGCUCAUUUUUGGACAGUGAUGAAUUGGAAAGGACUGGCAUUGACUUGGGUACAACUGGUCGUCUCCAGUUGAUGGCAAGACUUGCUGAAGGUACUGGUUUGCAAAUUCCUCCAGCUGCACAGCAAGCUCUGCAGAUGAGUGGAUCAUUAGCAUUUGGAGCUGUGGCAGAUUUGCAGACAAGACUUUCACAGCAGAGUGAAGCACUGUCUGCAGCUGCGUCUGUACAACCACUUGCAACGCAGUGCUUCCAGCUCUCCAACAUGUUUAACCCUCAAACUGAAGAAGAAGCUGGCUGGGAUACAGAAAUAAAAGACGAUGUGAUUGAGGAGUGUAACAAACUUGGAGGAGUUGUGCAUAUAUAUGUAGACAAAAAUUCAGCUCAGGGCAAUGUGUAUGUCAAAUGCCUUUCAAUAGCUGCAGCAAUUGCCGCUGUUAAUGCAUUACAUGGAAGAUGGUUUGCAGGUAAAAUGAUUACAGCAGCAUAUGUACCUCUGCCAACAUACCACAAUCUUUUUCCUGAUUCUGUGUCUGCAACUCAGCUUUUGGUUCCUUCUCGGCGAUGAAGAUGGAUUUAGUCAGUUUUGUACAUAGCUAUUUUUGGAGGAAGACCGAGUUAAACUUUUAUUUAGAUAAAACAAAAGGAAAGAGUGUAAUGUCCUUUUGUGUACACUUCCUGUUACCUUUAAACAAAAAAAAAUAAAGAGUAAGCAGGAAUGCUGUGUGUUCAUUCUCUCUUGAUUAGCAUUCCCACUGUAUACAAAGCUGACUACUUGUUCUGCCUUGUAAUUCUUGUACAUUUAGAACAUUUGGCUAAGGUGAUCUGUAGGAACAGAUAUAGCUCAUAGAAAAGAUUUUCUGUAAAAGGUGGUCAGGACAUGAUUUUUUAAUGUUUUCACCAGCCUUUUCUUUUAUUGCAGGUAUUACAUUUUACAUUCACUUAAGUGUAGAUGCUCUGCUAAAGGUUAAUAUCAGAAUUUAACUGGACAUACUUAGUGUGGGUUUUUUGUAUGGACUGAAAAUUCAAGAGGCUACUGAGUGACUCUUUUGGUCAGCUGAUCACUUAAUGUUGACCAGUUGACAGCAUUGGGAAGAUUGAAGCAUUUUAUUUCUAGAUGGUAACUUUUGAUUGUUUCUGUAAAAGUUUCUUGUAAAUAAGGUGUAAGGUGUGUUUAGAAUUCCAAACAAAGCUAUCUCUGCAUUUCCAAAUUAAAGGUCUGUUGAUUGCAGGGAAUGUACCUAGUUUGAAAGUUGAAGUAGGAAAUGCAGGAAUAUAUUUUGUCUGGUUGCAUAUAAUCUCUGCUCUUUUUUAAGCUCUGUGAGCUCUGAAAUAUAUUUUUGGGUUACUUCAGUGUGUUUGACAAAACAGCUUGAUAUUUCUAUCAACAAAUGACUUUCAUAUUGCAACAAUCUUUGUAAGAACCACUCAAAUAAAAUUCUCUUAAAGGCCUCUAGAA